UCCCGGCGGCUGACCCGAAUCGUGAAGGGGUGUUUUCCGAUUUCUCCCAGCCGUCACAUUUUAAAUGGCUUUAUAAUACUCCUAAAGACAACUUAAUGGAUUAACAGAGUGUAUUUUAAAAGAUAUAACCUAGUAUAUGUGUAUUUUAAGGACCCUGUGACCGCCGACAUGAACUUUGUGAUGCCUUGGAUAUUUGUACUGUGUUAACCAGCUUCAACAUCGACCACAACAACAAUGGAGGAAGAAGGCGAAGUUUCACCGGCAGUUCAAAGUGUUUACUCUGCCGUGAAUGCUCUGAAAGGACCAAACCAAGAACUGAAGAAACUUCUGUCUUUUAAGGUUUACAAGAGGAGGUGGUUUGUCCUGCUGGUGCUGUGUCUGUUAAACUGCUCCAACGCGACGCUAUGGCUGACUUUCGCUCCAGUAGCCGACCAGUCUGCCCAGUAUCUGAACGUGUCUCUGGAGGACAUCAACUGGUUGUCACUGGUCUUCAUGGUGGUGGCCGUACCGCUCAGUCUGGGAACCACGUGGAUGCUGGACACCCUCGGGCUACGGAUCACGUUGAUUCUGGGGUCCUGGCUGAACAUGUUUGGAGCUCUGCUGCGUUUCUGCGGGACCCCACCAGGUCAGGGAUUUAUGAUCCGGUACCCCAUAGUGAUGUUCGGUCAGACCCUGGCUGCCUUGGCUCAGCCCCUGAUUAUCUUCACCCCCACCAAGCUGGCAGCUAUCUGGUUCCCCGACAACCAGCGUGCCACUGCGAACACCAUCGCCUCCAUGUCCAAUCCCCUGGGCAUCCUCCUGGCUAACAUCAUCUCUCCCAUGAUCGCUCGAACAUCUGCACAAAUCCCAUCCCUGCUUCUGGCCUAUGCAGUCCCGGCAUGCAUCAUCUGUUUCCUAGCAACAGUGGGGCUACGGAGCAGCACCCCACCGACGCCGCCGUCAGCCAGCGCUGAGGCAUCCAGCUCCGAGCCGUUUGUACAGGGGCUCAAACUGUUGAUGAAAAACAAAGCCUACCUCAUCUUGCUGCUGUGCUUCGGUGCCGGCAUGGCUGUUUUCAGCUGCUUCUCCACCCUGCUGGAGCAGAUCAUGUGUGUGCAAGGAUACACCAACGACUUUGCUGGUUUAUGCGGCGCCCUCUUCAUCGUGUUUGGCAUCCUGGGCGCUGGGAUUCUGGGUCUGUACGUGGACAAGACCAAGAACUUCAUUGAAGUCACAAAGAUCAACUUGAGCCUCACUACUCUGGCCUGCAUCGCCUUCUCAGUGGUGUCUCUGAUGCGGGAUCAGAAAAUCGCCAUCGCUGCCGUCUGCUCUCUUUUUGGCCUCUUUGGUUACGCCAUUUACCCCGUGGCCAUGGAGCUCUCUGUGGAGUGUUCGUAUCCCGUGGGAGAGGCGACAUCAGCUGGACUCCUUUUUAUAUCGGGGCAGGUUCAGUCUGUUCUCUUCAUAAUCCUCCUUCAGGCUUUGACCACACGGCUUGCAGACUCUCCUCUGUCGACGUGCGGGAGCGCCGUCCUGAGCUGGAGGGUGCCGCUGAUGGUGAUGGCCGGUCUGUUCAGUUUCUUCACCUGCAUCUUCGUGAUUUUCUUCCACACUCGCUACAAACGUCUGGAUGCCGAGGAAGAAGCGACGAACGGGACGGGACCGGGCAGCGGCUCGACGACCACCGAGCACUCCCUGAGUGUAAACACUUGAACCUCCUGAGAGGUUACAGACCCGCAGCUCGGGGGAAACUUGUGGGCAUUUGUGUUAACCUGAGAUCCAGAGAAUGUUCCUGUUCAAGACAUUCCUGUUCUCACUGAUUCUUUUAGGUGAUGUCAGGGCCAAACUUUUUUUUGUACUUUGAUUUACAAAAACAGAUUGUAAUUUAAUUUAGUUGCUACCAACAGAUUCUUUCAAUUUCUAAAAUUAGGAAAACAAAGCACUUCACACAAAAACAGGGACUGUAGUGAGAUAACUCUGUGAAAAUGAUAGUUUCAUGGCCUCUUUGGAAAGUUAUCUGUUUUCAUUAGAAGUCCAGGUCAACUGGAGAAGUGAAAAGUUAGCAUUCCUGUACUGAUCAUGUGUUUUAGAUGAUGUUUGGUUAAUUUCUUACAAAACAAACCUUGUACCUUUUACUGACACAAUGGGAGAGAGCUUUAUACCAAAAAUGAAUACAGUCUGGUUUUUGAGAAGUGUCUGUAUUCACUUCCUCUUUAAAUGGAUGUAAUCAGUUCUAAUCUACUGAUGCCUCCUUGUUUUGUUUGGGACUUGUAGUCCCUCUAGUGAACGGUUGUCAGAGUCUGUUAGUGACUUUGACGUCUUGCCUUUUCUCUGCAAAUGAGCCGAGAGGAACUGUUGUUUUUGAGGACUGACCUCUAAACCACAAGUGUUUACUGAUGAUGUUUUUAUCCACUGACACAUGCUCUGCCAUCAGACUGCACUGAAGCUGCUUGAAAUGAAUCAAUGACGCUGACAUUUAAAGGCAGAACGGAAACUAAAGAGUAGGUUCAGAAAACGGUUACAAAUAUUUGAGAUGACGUUUGAAAUAGAUACGACCAACAUACCUGGAACAGUAGUUACUUCUCUUAGCAGACCUGCUUCUAUAACUCGUUAUUUUUUUAACGAAUCAUUUGCCAACUGUUUUGAUAACUGAACGUUCCAUUUUCCGUUUCUUAAACAUGAAUGUUUCUCUUUUAGCAUUAUCAGCAGCUGCUAUGGCUGGAUGUCCUGGUUCGGUUUAAAGAUGACAUCUUUGAAAUUCUCUGUUACAAUGGUAUGAAAAUGAGUUCAAUGUUAAAGAAACUAUCAACAAAGACUGCUCUUAUCUUCAGUAUUCAAAUAUUAAAUCAGUCAUCUCUACA